AUGAAGACUCAGUUUAAUGCUCAAAUCCAGAUUCUUCGCUCAGACAAUGAUGGAGAAUUUGUCAAUCAUGACUUUCAAACUUACUUCCAACAACAUGGAAUUAUCCAUGAGACGACUUCUCCUCAGACACUGCAACAAAAUGGUGUUACUGAACGAAAGAAUCGACAUCUUCUUGAAACCACCCGAGCACUUCUUAUUAGCACUCAUGUUCCUCGCCAUCACUGGGAUGAUGCUAUUGUCACCGCAAUUCACCUGAACAACCGCAUGCCUUCUGGUGUAUUGACCUUUAAAACUCCCUUACAGGCUACCGCUGUUAUCACCCUCAUAUCCGACGUGGAAUCUGAGUUGUUCUUCCAUGACCCAUCAUCCAAUUCUACGCUUCAAGGGGAGAUACGAACACGGGAUUACUCUCUGCCGACAAACAAUCAAUCACCCAUUCAUAGCGAUCAAUUGCCUGACCCACCUGAUCCAUGCGAAGAUAUUUCUGAUUCGAGUAUCACACCUACAAACAAUACAGAACAACAAGAUGAAGAACCCCUCUCUAACUCAACAAUACCAACAGACCAAUCUCCUGAGAAUAUCCUUGAGGUAAAAUCGUGGGAAGCCACCAAACCAUUAUUCACCUUAUAUUGGCAAGACAUCCAAUUGUCUGUUAUCCAUAUUCCAACCAAGGUCUCUAAAGCAUUGAAAGAUCCUAAGUGGGUUCAAGCUAUAAAAGAGGAGAUGAAAGCUCUUGAGAAAAAUUAG